AGAGCAACAACUUGUCUACCUAAGGUUAACAUCUGAAAGGAUACUGCAACUUCUCACUGGCAAAAUGUUGCUGAAAAUGGAAGAAAUGGUGAUUGAAAAGAAGAAUGAAAUGAAGCAGACUGGUGAUUUUGUAUCUGGCGUCUCAAAAAAUGGAGAAUAUGAAACAGCUGUAGCUCUAGAGAAACAGGAGGAUCUGAAAACCACAUCGAAAUCCCUAAUUGAGCUGGAAGAAGAGAAACAAUCAAAGGAAAAACAGCUCAAAUCAGAGCUCCUUAAGAAGAAACUAGAGGAACGGCCAAAGUUGGAUAAUUUGGAAGAUCUACAAACAAUUAUUAAUCUGAAAAAAAGAAAACGAGUCAAAAAAGUGAAAGUUCCUGUUGUCAAGGAACCAGAGCCAGAAGAAACUAUUGAAGAUGUGGAUCAGAUGACGUUCUUCAAAGCAGCAUUGGAUAAUAAAAUGUCAAUCAUUGAAAAAUAUUUAGCAGAUGGAGGUGAUCCAAACACAUGUGACGAGUAUAAACGCACAGCUCUGCACAGAGCCUGCUCAGAAGGACACACUGCCAUCGUAGAGAAAUUAAUUGAAGCUGGUGCCAAUAUUGAAUUUAAAGAUAUGCUGGAAUCCACUGCCCUACACUGGACAUGUCGUGGUGGGAGCGUUGAGACGUUGAAGUUGUUGCUGAACAAAGGAGCGGCUAUUAAUGCUAGAGACAAGUUGCUCAGUACCCCACUACAUGUGGCAGUCAGGACAGGGCACUAUGAAUGCGGCGAACACCUCAUUGCUUGUGAGGCAGACUUGAAUGCCAAAGACAGAGAAGGAGACACACCAAUGCACGAUGGGGUGAGAUUAAAUCGCUACAAAAUGAUAAGACUCCUGAUUCUAUAUGGAGUGAAUCUAAACAUCAAGAACUGCGCUGGGAAGACACCGAUGGAGCUGGUAAUGCAGUGGCAGAAUGGUGCAAAAGAGAUAUUUAAUGGGCUCCAGAAUAAAUCGUACAAAAACUCGCACAUUUCUAAGUUCUGAUGAAGGAUAUUUCCAUCAACAUCACUGACGCAUUCAAAGGAAAAAGGAAGCUCUGAAAGGCAUUAACGUGCACAUAGGUUUCCUGCUAUAAUGAACCUAUUCCAAAUGUUUUGUAAUUAAUUUAUUGCACUUUCCUUUUUUUUUAUCUGUAUUUAAUGUUUGCAAAAACACUUUGCAAUUUCCGCUUCAUACUACUAUAAAAGUAUAUAUAUAUUUAUUGC